AUGUCUAAUCAGUCGAGCAACGACGGCCCUCACAAAUUCAAGCUUGCCAACAUACUUGACCCUCGAGUCGACAGCAACAGACGGAAUCAGAAGGCUCCCGAUGCCCAUUUAGGAUACGCACGGAAUUACGGCAAAGGUGGUCUUCACGAUAAUGGGAUUCUUAACAAGCUGGACCCUAGAGUCAAUCUAGACCAGGAUAAAAGUACUCUGGAUGACUUCGCUGCUGGUAGCAACGCGCUCAGGGAUAAAAAGCCUCGAAGCGGAGAAGCCUGA